AUGUCGAAGAGGCUAAUGCGUACAUUGCUUGAGCAAUUAGCUGCCAGGCGAGGCUUGAUAGGAAAAUCACUGACAAGUGGAAUGAAGAAAUGGUUUGGUGGCAGUUCUGCUGGAAAUUUGCAGACGAUAUCUUCUGUCAGUUUCCAACCGGAAAGUCUGGAAAUGCAGAGUCGACGGUUAGCGGACCUAGCGUUUUUGUUUGGACUAUACUCUUUUGCCCAUUCUCACUAUCGCUCAGUUAAAAAGGACUUCGAGCACAGCCAAGCGUGGCUUUACCAUGCUGCAGCUUCGGAAAUGGCUGCUGUCGCACUGUACUUAUCCGAUAAUAGAAUAACACCGAAGCAGUUCCCGCGACAUUACUUUGACGUUGCACUAGAAAACCAGCUCAGCUUCUCAGGUAACUACACGAGCGUAAUGCGAUGUGCUUUGAACGCUUCACUAAUUCUGAGCAAGUUAGGAAUGUUCAAGGAGGCUGCAACUCUUCUCUCGUCUGUGUCUAGCUUGGAUAACGACAUGUGCGUAGCAGUAACACAAGCGCAUGCGUCUCGAAAUUUCGAGGAGGCGAAGAUGACAAGAAAAGCCGCUUUCUAUCGGAUUCUUGCUGGAAAUCGGUUCAUGAAGGCGGGGCUCAAGCAGAAUGCUUUAGAAUGCUACAGUCUGGCUCUACGUAAGUAUGCUAAUACAAAUUGGGAUUCUGUCGAAGACCACCUAGCCACUAUCCUAUCAGCAGACGCAUCUGAUGAAGAGUUGGCAGUCGCUUGCGCAGUUCGAUUGUUGAGAGAAAGCGCGAUUCAAACUGAACUCAAUCAUGCUGCUUUCCUUGAGAAUUUUGUCGAGACUUUGACCCGAUUUGGCGCAAGCAGCGAGUCAGAUCCGUUUACCGUGCCUGUUCCUUUAUUGGACGUACAAGCAACGAGAGUUAUUUGUGGAGAGCGACCACAGUCUGAUGAUGUUCCCCUGAAUAAGAACAUUGCUUGGAUCGACAUUGAACGGGCUGCCUAUCAUACAUUAGCUGGCUCCUUUGCCGCCUUUCGUCCUACUCAUCUCGUAAGCGAUGACGAGACCGAUAAUCAGAGGAUACGAAGUACACCACCUUAUGAGAGGUUUCGUGUUGAAGUUCAUCUUCGUAAUCCACUGAAAACAUCAUUGACAGUUCAAAAUGUGAGACUCGGAAUCAGAGACGUUCAAAUGAAAGAAGGAUGUGAGAAUAUGCAGCCUUUUGAAGACCAGGAAUCGUUGGCUUCUCUUACUUUCUUGCCAGAAGAAUCGAAAAAGGUUGAGCUAUGGGUGCGCCCGACAUGCCAUGUUCACGGUUUUCGUGUUGCGAGUAUCCUAUUGCAUAUUUUGGGAGCUAACGGGUCUUUCAUCUUUGGUACUUUGCCUAUGAACGUUCGAGGGAAAAGGCUAAAUAAAAACGCGAAACAGAUGAAAUCUGUGGUGCAUGCUGUAGAUGAACGUUACGAAUUCACGUGGCCUCAGAACAGUGCCGCUUUUGGAUUUCGAUCGCCCAGAAACAAAUCACCACAAGUAUUUGUGGCAAGCUCCGUCACAUGCAUGUUGAAGACGUUGGUUAAAUCGUCCUACGCUCCGACAAACAGUGCACUCCGCAGCUUCGAACUGGAGGGCGUUCAUAUGCCGGCAGGCGAAAAAAUAUGGUUGACUGUAACGGUUCGAGCGCCAGCGUCGCCAGACAUCGAAUCAGACAUCGGCCUGGUGUUCUACUAUCGUGGUGAAAAUCUCACAUACCGUCAGUGGCAAACAGUAGUAUCGCUGCGCCCAGUCCCAUUAUUUGAAGCUUCACUUAAUGCAUUGGUGCAUGUCACAAAUGAACAGUGUAUACGGUGUUCCAUGUUGCAGGUGUCAUCUAUUGUUGGAGAGACUUUUAUCGAUGAGCCUCUCACAGCAGCCAAGUUGAGAUUUCCAAGAACGGAUAUGUGGUCCUCCAGAGAAGGCUAUUCUCUGCAGGAUGACCAUUUUCAAAAUGCUGUUUCCGAUGACGCAUCUCUGAAUAUAAUUUGCCGGCCAAUCAGACCUAUAAGGCACAACUUUGAGUUAAACAGAUUGUGUCAAAUCCCGCUCGAGGUGCUGGUUACGAAUGUCGACGAUAGAAAACGUGUCGCAGAUCUCACAUUGAAGUAUAGGCCUAAGGUUUCGGAAGCUGUAACAUCACUGGCUCAACUGCCACCCGAAAAUCGUCAGCAGUGGUGGGUUGACCGGGAAGUGGUUAGAUCAGUAGUUAAACAUGGCGAGAGUCACGUCUUCCGUUUUGUUAUCAGCGUCUGUCAGCCGUCUGUAUAUGAUGUCGCAGGCUCGCAGUUAGUAUUGGAAGCUACCUUCGAUGACGCUGAAGUGAAAACCUUCAAGUCUGCUUUAGGAAUGGCGUCGCAAACUCAAGGAAUUCAGCAGCUUCUUGCUGCUGAGAAGAGAGCUGCUGAAAAGAUUAACGAGGCUAGGAAGAGAAAAUUCCAACGUAUGAAGCAGGCUAAACAAGAAGCUCAGGCUGAAGUAGAGAAAUACCGACAGGAACGUGAGCGUGAGUUCAAGCAGUAUGAGCAGACCUACCUCGGAACCAAGGAAGAUACUGAAAGUAAAAUACGUCGCGAUACUGAGAACGAGAUUGAGGCCAUGAAAAAAAAUGUAGCUGCAAAUAAACAACAGAUUACGGUAAAUGAUCGAUUGGGGAAGAAAGUUCGAAUCAAAUGCAAUCCUACCGACACCAUUGGUGACUUGAAGAAGUUGAUUGCAGCACAGACUGGAACCAGGUAUGAGAAAAUUGUGCUGAAGAAGUGGUACACGAUUUACAAGGAUCACAUCACUCUCCAAGACUACGAGAUCCAUGAGGGGUUCAACUUCGAACUUUAUUACCAAUAG